GACAAUUUAUGAACAGGCUUUCUCUCCAUAAAUACACCAAUGCCAUCCAUUAAAAUCUUGUAUUGUUUCCUUUUAGUGCUCUGGUUAGAAGUAGCCCAUGUUUCAAGCCGUGCCCUGCUACGUCGGACGGUUUCGGAAUACCACGAGAGGUUCCGGCAGGCUGCGGCCAGUCGAUCAGCAGGUUUGGAUGGUUCAGAUCAUGCUGCUAGUGUGAAGAGGAGAGUGUUCUAUCCGGGAAGGUAUGGAGCUGACCCAACUGGAGAAGAAGACAGCACCCAUGCCAUCACAAGGGCCGUACAUGAUGCCUUCUCAGUACAACAGGGGUUGAACCUGUUGGCAGGAGUGAAUGAUUUGGGUGGUGUGGUCAUCGAUUUGCAAGGAGGCAACUACAAAAUCAGCAACCCCAUUCGUUUGCCGUCUGGCAACGGCAAUGUGGUCAUACAUGGAGGAACUCUACGUGCAUCACUGAAUUUCCCAACAGACGGAUUUCUAAUUGAACUGCUGUCAAACUCCUCCCUUGCAAGACCUCUCCAGUCAUCUUCCAUCCAACCUACCAAUUCUGUACUAACCCCACCAGGAUAUUACUACGAAGACAUCACCUUUCAAGACAUCCUUUUCGAUUCAAGCUUCCGUGGCGGUGGCAUCCUCGUCGUCGACUCUGUCCGCACUCGCAUCGACAACUGCUUCUUCAUCCAUUUCACCACCCAAGGACUCCUCGUCGAGAGAGGUCAUGAAACCUUCAUCUCAAGCUCCUUCCUAGGACAACAUCUAACAGCUGGCGGUGACCCACUUGAACGUAACUUCUCCGGCGUUGCUAUCGACCUUGCUAGCAACGACAAUGCCAUCACCGAUGUCGUCAUCUUCUCUGCAGCGACCGGCAUUAUGCUACGUGGACAGGCUAACAUACUCACUGGGGUACAUUGUUAUAACAAGGCCACAUAUUGGGGUGGUGUAGGGGUGUAUGUUAAGCUACCUGGCUUAGGCCAAACGAGGAUAGAUAAUAGCUACAUGGACUACACUGGCAUUGUACUUGAAGACCCAGUUCAAGUCCAUAUUACUAAUGCAUUCUUCUUAGGAGAUGCUUAUAUCACCUUAAAAUCUGUUAAGGGACAGAUAUCAGGUCUUAACAUCGUUGACAACAUGUUCUCUGGGAGUGGUCGGGGGACCCCAAUUGUAAAGUUGGAUGGGCCAUUCACGACCGUUGAUCAGGUGGUCGUUGAUAGGAACAACGUGCUGGCGAUGAAACUGAAGUCGACCAUAGGUAAGCGGUCUGUUACAGCGAAUGGUACCCGGUGGGUUGUUGAUUUCUCAUCAGAUCUUGUGUUUCCUAACCGGAUAAAUCACUUGCAAUACUCAUUUUAUGUGAACGGGCAGUGUAGAUUUCCAUCGCAUAAGGUGACCAAUGUGAGUAGCAAUGUUGUGGUGGUGGAGGCUGAUCGAGAGGUCCAAGGGACUGUUCUUGUUACGGUUGAUCAGAAUACAUUGCCUGGAGAGAAAUGUCUAUUUGAGUAAGGUUUAGAUGGGAUUUGGAUAUACUGACUAUUCAUCA